AUGCAAAAGUGGCUCACUGAAAACAAUGUGGAAUACAAUGAGGGUUUCACAAAACCCCAGCUGUAUGAAUUAGUAAAGAGACACAAACUAGCACCGAAGUACGAAAUCGAUAAUUUACUCAAAAAUUAAGGACACACUGUUCUUAGAUAGCCACCAUUCCACUGCGAUUCGAACGCCAUAGAAAUGAUUUGGAGUUCUAUGAAACGUGAUGUCGCCGAUCACAAUAUUGGAAAGACUGAUUUAGAAAUGCCGCAAUGAAUCUCAAAUGGAUUUAAUGCAAUAUCAGCAGAAGGAUGGCAAAAAUAUUGUGGUCAUGUAAAAAAGAUGGAUAUUUAGAUGAACCGUUCAUCAUAACUUUGAACAGUGACCGCCAAGUAGCGAUUCUGCAGAUGAUGAAACUCAUGAUUGUUAUGGUUCGGGUUCGGGUUCAGGAAUUCGACCUAUAAAUGAAUAUAAAAUUUAUGUUUAUUUCUUACUUAAUGUUAAAAGACUUACGCUCAUAUGUAUAAAAACACUAUAACACUCCUUUAUUCAAUCUGUUAUUACAUCUUCACCUUGAGAUAUCUCUACCACAGAAUAUUUCAAUCGACAUUAUCGAGUGUUUCAAGGAAUCUUGAUUUUAUAAAUAAGACCGAAAGAAUUUUAGCCUAAAAACCGCCAACUUUCAAUUAAGGGCAACAAUAGAUUCGACUCUAGCGACGCCGUCACCGGGUCUGAUAAAUGAUAAUUUUGUAGCCUGUAGGCCAGUAUUUUAUUCUGUACGAGUUGGCACUUGGCAUCACAAUCUCUACUAAACCUGUGAUGUUCCACGACACAGAAAAUAGCAAAUUAACAAUUCAAGUCCAACUGAUUGACUCAUACAAAAAAGAGAUUUAAUUAACCUAUUUGCGAAAAUUCAAUGUUUCAAAAUAUUACUAUGUUUUAACAUAUAAUAUAUCAAACUUACGCCCAGGAUUUAGUAUUAAAGAUUAAUGUCUGGGUAAAGGUUUACUGAGAUACAUGCAUCGUUAUGUGAAAAAUAUAACUUUUUAAAUUAGCUAUAUUCAAAGCACAGUUAUCAUAAUGGCAAGUGAGAAACAUAAACAAUUAGCUCAGUAUAUAAAAGAGGUGCAUAAUAACUUGAGAAAAAGUGCAGCUAAAGUCGGGCCAAAUAAUGCUUGGAUGUUGCAUACUAAAAACGAAGAGGUAUUAUUGACGUAUGCUAAAUGUAUGCAGGAGCUAGCUACAACAUAUUGGGAAGAAAACUCUGCCAACGAAUCUAGUUUAGCAUCCUCACGAAUAGAAUGGUCUGUCAAGCUAUGCACUGAUUAUUUUGUUAAUGAAGAAUAUAUUAAAUAUCGUGAGCGGGAUAUAGCAAUCAGCAAAAAGCUUUAUCUAACAUUAAACUUUGUUGAUUUGUUUCAAGAUCCUCUAGUGCUCUUGGAUGUUGGAAGCUGUUUUAACCCAUUUAGGGCAUAUAAGUUAUUUCAUGUCUUAGCUGUAGACUUAUGUCCUGCUAAUGACUAUGUCAAAAAAUGUGAUAUUUUGCAAGUGAAUAUAGGAAAUGAAACAAUUGUACAUGAUAAUACUGUUAUACAAUUAAAAGAGGAGUCCUUUCAUAUAAUUACAUUUUGCUUUCUUUUAGAAUAUAUUCCUAGUUCAGACUUACGCAUAAAGGCUUGUGAAAAUGCCUAUAAAUUACUUAAACCAGAAGGAAUACUCAUAAUAAACACACCAGAUUCUAAACAUGUAGGUGCUAAUUGUAAAUUAAUGAAAUGUUGGCAAUACACAUUAGCAUGUCUAGGUUUUACUAGAAUUAAAUAUGAAAAAUUAACACACAUGCAUUGUAUGGGAUUUAGAAAGGCGCUACACAAAGAUGUAGCUCUCCGAUGGGCUACUAUACAUAGGAGAGCAGAUACAGACUUUGCAAUAAAAAUACCUCAGGAUUAUAUAAAAAGAGAACACAAGUUUUGGCAGUCAGCAGAUUUAAAAUUAUCUUCAGAAGAUUUUAAAGAUUUACCUUUUUAUGAUUUAUGAAAUAUAUUAUUUAAAUUAAAGAUUUAUGUUUUUAGUCUUCUUUAUUUAAGUGACUUAAGCUUAUAUUAUAUACUUACAGUAAUAAAAUGUUAUGAAAUUUUUGUUAAAUUAUAAGAUUAAACCUAUUUCACAGUA